CCCUUUUCCCUCAGUUCGGGACGUCGGAGUUCCUCUGUAGCUACCACUAGAUAGCUAAUCCUCUCCCCCACUUUUUCUUUUCUUGAGAAAAACACACCCAUGACACGGCGGAUUUGAUCUCAGGAGGUGAUCCCAGGUUCACCGGGAGUCAGAAUCUCUCUUCGGGUGAGGAUUUAUCCCAUUUUAAGCCGCUCGCUUUCCUCCUUCCCUUCCCCUCCUCCCCUUUCCACCUGUCACAGUGCUGGUUGUCAUGGAGAACUCUUCGGUGGCGUCUGCAUCGUCUGAGGCUGGGAGCACACGCUCACAGGAGAUAGAAGAGCUGGAGCGCUUCAUCGACAGCUAUGUGCUGGAAUACCAGGUGCAGGGGCUUCUGGAUCCCAAGGCAGAUGGAGACUUGGACUUGGACAAUGGUGGCAAAGUGCCGCAGUGGACAGAUGACUGUAAUAACAAGAAAGAUGGCAGCUGGACGUCUUCACGGGGGAGAGGCUCAACCAAGCCAGACGAGUGGGAGCACAGCAGCAAUGGCAGUACAGGUUCCAGGCCCAGUUCAGGGUCCAGACCUGGAUCUGGCUCACGAUCUGGCAGCAGAGGCAGAAACAACCAGUUCUCAUGCCCUGCCAAGAACGGAAACAGAGACGGCUCCUUUGACAUCCUGGGGACAGACAUAUGGGCUGCCAACACGAUGGACUCACGCGGAGGUGCAGGUUGGGACGUGCAGCCAGAGAAGCUGGACUUCAGCCAUUUCCACAGGAAACACUUAAGAGGAACGCCAAAGCACCUGCCACACAUUGACAGAGAGGGGAUGAACAAAAACAAGUUUGAGGAAGAUGACGGCAUAGACAUGAAUGACAUAGAGAGGUUUCUACCCCACCUGCGCUCUGUCUUCCCACCCCUUCCUAAUGAGGCUGAGAUCGCACACACCAAAAAGCUCUUCCGACGCAGGAGGAAUGACCGACGAGUGGUUGAUCAGUUCACCCGAGACCAGUUAACCAUACUUCUGCCUACUGGCCCCGGGGGAAAGCGGCAAGUCUCAGCCAGGAGACAGCAGCGGCCUCAGGGAGGAGGAGGAGGAGGAGGCGGCGGCGGAGGAGGAGGAGGAGGAGGAGGAGGAGGGGGCGGAGGAGGAGGGAAGAACCAGCCUCAGCUGAUACAACAACAGUCACCACAGCACCAGAGGGAUCAAACCCAACAACAGUCUCCAAACCAACAACAGAAUUCAACAGAACUGGGAGACAACAGAAACAGUAGUGCUGGUCGGCCGCCCCGCCAGUAUCAAGGAGGACAUGGGCAGCGCCAAGGAGGACCCCCACACCACGGAUACAGCCAGAACCGGCGUUGGCACCUCAAUCAGAAAGGUCAGGGACAUGGACAGACAAACGCUGCAGGUGAUAAAGUAGGUCCCCCAAAAACAACCAAAGACAAAGAGACUGAGAAUGUAAGACCGGGGGACGAGCAGAUCAGACCACCUCCAGACUGCAGCACUAAUGAAUCACCCAGACCUGAGUCAACACCCAAUACAAAUGCUUCCCCACAUCAGACAGUUAACAAGGAAUCUCCCAACCCAACAAGAAGUGAAAAGGCAAGCGAGGGCCAGUCGGAGCAGCCGAAAAUCAGCUUGCUACAGUCGUCAAAGGAGAGGCUGAGGAGGAGACUAAAGGACAAGGAAGAGGCACGAGUGGAGGCUUCAGGCUCACAGAGCAUGGACCGGCUGGUGGACCUCCUCAACAACAUGAGGAGCAACAGCAGCGGGGUGGAGCAGCAGCUGGCCUCCUUCAUGGAGGAGGCGCAAAACUCAGCGCGGUCUGAGGAAACCCUGGCCCAGGUGGUCAGCACCAUCUACUCGAAAGCCGUGUCCGACAGGAGCUUCGCCGCCACGGCCGCCAAGCUCUGCGACAAGAUGGCGCUGUUCAUGGUGGAGGGGACCAAAUUCAGAUCGCUGCUACUCAACAUGUUGCAGAGGGACUUUGCCCGUCGAGAUGAGCUCCAGCAGUCCGAUGUGGAAAGGUGGUUAGGUUUCAUCACCUUCUUGUGCGAGGUGUUCGGCACCAUGAGGAGCAGCUCAGCGGAUCCAUUCAGGGUGCUGGUGUGUCCUAUCUACACCUGCCUACGAGAGCUGCUGGAGUCCACAGAUGUUAAAGAAGAUGCAGUCCUGUGCUGUUCCAUGGAGUUGCAGAGCAUGGGGCGUCUCCUGGAGGAGCAGGUCCCAGAGAUGAUGACAGAGCUCCUAGCAGCCGUCAGGGACAAGAUGCUUAGUCCGGCCGAAUCUCAGCUGACCCGCUCGCUCCUCAUGGAGGUCAUUGAGCUGCAUGCACACCGCUGGAGUCCCCUGGAGGCUCUCACCACCCAAUACUACAACCGUACCAUCCAAAAGCUCACCACCACUGCCUAGGUGCCAGCUCCUUCAGGAGGAGAGGAGACAAAUCCCCCCGACACCCCGAGAAAACAUUUUCAAGACGAGCAUCAAUCUGCUCAUCCAGUUUGACCAAAACAGAAGAAAUCAAAAAUACUGUCACUCUCUUAACCUAAAUAAAUAUGUGCUUUAUGCAGG